CUGGGCGCUAGAAACACUGUACGACAGAGAGGGAUGGCACAUAAACCUAUGUACGUCCAGCUAAGCACACAGCUACUAUCCUCGAAGAUCCUUAAAAAGGCGCAGCAUUCGCAAAGGCAGUUUCAGUACAAUUUUAUUAGCAAACUCAUCAACAUCAAAGGAAUAUUUUCAACUUAGCCUAGCCUAGUCUUUAGCAACCGUGAAUAUGAGCGAUUUUAGCAUUGAUUAUAUACUACAUCGUGCUGGCGAAAGAUAUAUUGGCACAAAUGCUUCGAUUGGCAUUGUGGAGCGCAUUAAAUUGGAAGAGCAGCACCAGCGCCAACGCCAAGCUUACGAAGCUUAUCAAGCCGGCGUAGCCGUUGAGUUGGCCAAUAUGGCCGCUGGUGUUGUGGACGCAACGAUGAGCGCAUUCAAUCAUGAGAGUGUGGCGCAAAUGCCCAUGUUCGAUUGGUUGCAAUAUACGCGCUAUCAUCCGCCGCGUUUGUCACGCACAUUACGUCAACCGAUCGCCAAACGCACACCCGGGCGUCUGCCACGCAUCCCUUUCACACCCGCCCAACUGGAGGCACUGGAGAGCGCCUAUCGCACAGCCAACUACUUGAGCGCGGAAGAAGCUAAUCAGCUGGCCGAGUCGUUAGAGUUGACUAAUACACGCGUUAAAAUUUGGUUUCAAAAUCGUCGCGCACGUGAGCGACGCGAAAAACGCGAGCGAGAUGAGAGUUAUGAGUCCACGAUCUCCUCAAACGCUUCGAGUCCGGAACCGCAAAGUGAUAUAGUGCGAUAAUUAAACGAAUUCCCAGUAAAUUUAUGUAGAUAUAUUUAACUGGAAAAUACUCGAAUUGAAAUCAGCACAAGCACGGUCAACUCGGUACUCCCCAAAAUGAUUUGGAUUACAUUUUAUGUCGCUUUAACAAUAACUUAGAAAGUGGUUUUAACAUUGUGGUUGUGAUUAUUGAUAAGAAUCUUAAAAAUAGCAAAAUUUAUAAUUAAAAUAAGUAUAGUAGUAAAAUGUAGUUCGGAUUUGUUGUAUAGAAGCCGAUGAAACAAGUUAACUGGAUGCUAAACUGCAAAAGUCAUGCGCAAAAGGAUUGAUCGAAAAUGCAGAAAAUUCCUAUUGGCACACGAUAGGAGAAACUGUUGGAACAUGAUCGAAAUGGUAAGUGCUCACUGUCUGGUGGCGACACACGUCCGCAGAAUGGAGCUGAAGACUGCAGGAAAUGUCUAUAGCAAGGCAAAAGACAAACAAUAUAGCAUAUGUUGUGUACUUAUCCCGCAUUGGCAAGACUACACUGUAAACAUCUGGAGUCCCCACGCUAUAAAACACUGGAGAAGGUAUCGAUAGUGAGACCACAGAGUCUGUUGAAAUUCGCGUCAAGCACAGGAAUGCUAAAGGAUAUCUACUCCUCAUAAGCCUAGCAACUGAACUCCAACAGGUAACGCAAAGGACCAAAAGUGGUCUAUGCGUGGCUCAUUGGCCUACCUGACUAACCUAAUCU